AUGGGAGCAGUGAUGAAUGCCUUUUUUAGGAAGGUAAAGGCUUCAUUAGCUGAGCUGUUCCAAACAAAGGGUGUAUUACUCUUAGUGAGAUUGUAUACGUGGAAUGGAGAUGAAGAGUAUCUAUUUAAAGCUGUGAUUGCUUUUACUAUACGGAGUUAUACAAAAAAUGAUAUAUUUCAAAUUUCCAAUAUUUUGCUCUGCAAUGUGACACAAAGAGUAUCAUUCUGGUUUGUGGUUACGUCUCCUUCAAAUGACUCCAGUCCAUUUCCAAGUGCAAUUGUUGAAGCAGCAAUAAGAAAGGAAAGAAACAGGAUUAAUAGUGCAUUUCUGUUAGACGACAAAACCUUGGAAUUUGUAGAUAUUCUUCCUACAUUGGCCCCUGCUACCGAGUCAUCCAGACCUACCUGGAUCAUAGUUUUUGGAGUAAUUGUCUCUGUCAUCGCAGUCGCCAUUAUCUUCCUUGUUGUUUCCGGAAUGCUACAACGCAGGAAGUAA